AUGCUCCUUGAAAACCCAAGCUAUAUAGUCUCACUUAAUCUAAGAUCCGGCAAUCUUUUGCAUCAGAAAGAAAGUUUGUCACAGACCAUUGGCAGCAAUCUGUACAAGCCCGCCGUAAAUUUUAUGAAAUCACUGCACCGACUCGACCUAAAGCUGGCGCUCGUAUCUGGGCUUGACGACAAAGGGUUCUCUGUAUCUCCGGACAAUUAUGUGAUAGUAUCUGUGGCGCUAGACGCAACCGCUGCAUUGCCCUGUGCAAAGUUUGACUUCGCGCAGCCACUUCUGGAGACGAUCGUUGGUCAACCAGAAGUUCAUUGGGACGAUGCUUCUGACUUGGUACUCGACUCCCGGUACUUUCGCCCAAACCGACAAAAUAACAUCUGGGCAUCUUUCGGAAAGGGUGGAGGUACUACUGCCAUGAAACAAAUGUUCGCUCUCACAAAAGGAACAAGGCGACAUUCGUUUAUUGCAAGUACGGUUAAGUUUUCGAUGUUGACGACUCCCGGGGUACCUUUUUCGCGCGUCGAGGUGUCGGACUUUGUGAAGAGGACUUGGAGCUCGAAUCCUGAAGAACAGCACGCCCCCCUUAUCAGUCGCGUAGUGGAUUCCAUCCUUAAAGCGCAGGACCUCGACAAUGAAGCGGAAGGCGGCAGAGUUACUGAUACAGACUGCGCUGGGAGAGUCGUCAAACCCGAACCACGCUUUUAUGGGCAAGUCAACACCUCUGCAGUCCUUAUUGUUAACGGCCUUGGAGACGGAAGAUCAAACAUUAGCUCGAGCGCCCUCGAUCAAUCACACUUCCUCUGGCUGCAGGAAAACUCUCCCGCCAUGGACGACUUGCUGGUGUCUCGUGGCUUUAUAGUAAGCGUGGACCCGGCUCUAGUUACCCUCAAGUCCCCACUGGUCCAGCUCGCUGCUUCAACAUUUGUUGUAUACAGUCAAAACGCCUAG